AUGGCCGUGACUUCAGCUGCGAGUGCUGAGCUCAUUGGCAUAUCCAGUCUAUUUUUGUAUGACAUCUACUGGACCUAUUUCCGCCCCAAUGCAACUGGCGACAUGAUAGUGAGGGUCUCUCACUACUUCAUAUGUUUCUGGGCUGUCUGGAUGGGCUGUUGGGCGACCAUUCUGAACACUGGUAACAUCAACCUUGGAUGGGUGAGUGAGAUUGCUCUUGAUGCUGAUGGCCUCGACUGA